UUUCAGCGUGCGAACGAGAAAAACAAAACAGGAGCACGCGUGCGAGUGACUUCUCCGGCACUUUUAUUUUUUUUAUUUCGUGCUCUGCAGGAGCGCUGAUAUGAGCGUACAACGUCACUCUGACUUUUCACCAAACUGUAAUUCACUCCGCAUUCUUCGUGCAUGGUGUUUUGUUUAUAUGUUGCUUGGCAACAGUCCGCUCAACGGAGAUCUAUUUUUGCUUAGAUUGCUGCUCGAGCGCCUCUCGCUGUAUGUGAUAGCUCGAGCGCGGCGCGCCUCCCGCUGUAUGUGAUAUUGCUGCUCGAGCGCCUCUCGCUGUAUGUGAUAUUGCACAUCUCAACACCGCUAACUACUAAGCUAAAACAAAUAUGCAAAGCAUAACUGCGUUUUUCAAAAAGAAUGAUGGGAAAACACAAACAAACAGAGGAAGAGAGGAAGAGGAAGAAAUCGCCAGGAAGAAGGUUAGAGUGGAGAAAGUUACUGUAGUCGAUAAAGUCUACAAAUUCAACCCCGACUGGUUGAAGGAUUUCGGGGGGCUACUUUAUGAUGCCGAGAACAUGAAAAUGUUCUGUACAUUUUGUAAGGAAGCCCCAUCGGCAAUGGCAGGCUCUUCUCUGUUUAGAACCGGGAACCCUAAUCUAAAACGCGAUGCUGUGGUAAAACAGAGCGAGUCCGUUCGGCAUUCUCGAUGUCGCGAUUUAUAUAUAAAUCACACCCAGUCCAAUAACCCUGGCACGGUGGAAGCCGCCGUUGGCAGACAAGUGGCUAUCUCUAAUCAGGACGCGCUCCGGCAGCUGAAGGUUAAAUUUACCAUAGGGUAUGUGAUCGCAAAGGAAGAGAUAGCCUUCACUAAAUUUGGACCGAGGAUUGCCCUUCACCAUAAAAAUGGAUUCAACAUCAAUCCCACAUAUGACAAUGAUGUGAGAUGUGCUGAGAUGGUCGGUCAAACAGCAGAAGGCAUCAAAGACACUCUCGCUGCCCAGCUACAAGCGGCCCGUUACCUCGCAGUCCUGAUAGAUGGCGAUACGGACAUAUCAAACACGGAGUGUGAGAUUGUGUAUGUGCGCUUCGUGGAGGAUGGCAGACCGGUGACCCGCCUCGUCGGCCAACAGGCUCUCUUACACGCUCAUGCGCAAGGUGUCCUGGUUGGAACCAAUGCAGCAUUUGAAGCUCUUGGACGUGGUAAAUGCGACUGGAAGGUGUAGUGGCAAUUUCUGUUUCUGUAUCAGAUAUUGCGUCUAAGCAGAUGAGAUAUUUAGAUGCAAAAAGCACACAAUACUGUUGACAAUUAGUGGUCAUAUAUAUUUGUAAUAAAAGUACGAACAAAGAUACAUCACAACAUGCAUCAACAAACAACAUAACAGGCAAACAUUACAAUAAUCGGAGGCCUCAGAUGGGAGCUUCUCUUUGCGUGUUACUUCAUACUCAAGGUACGCUGGGGAGAAGUCCACUGAGAAGCUAAAGUCAGGAGCUUUUAUACACUUAGAUCGGAUCCUUGAGGGCAGUUGGCCUCCAAUAAACCAAAAGCCUUUGUUAACCAGAUGUUAAUCUAUUGAUCGAAGUUUCUUCAGAGGUUAAGAAGGUGGUUGAGGCUGUUCCUUAUCACCCUUUGCUUCUCUACGCUCCCCAGGGGGUCAAGUAAAACAGGCCCAAACCAAACUACAUACAACACGGAAACAGAAUGUGAAACCAGAUUACAUCACAUGAAACACUAAGAAUUACAUUUUAGAAGACCCUGCAGAAUAGCAAGAUUCCAAGAAUGGAAUGUGAAACCAGAUUACAUCACACGAAACACUAAGAUUUACAUUUUAGAAGAACCUGAACGUAACAUGUAGAUUUUCCAUCACAA